GGAUCAGAAGUAAGAACGAUGAUCAGCGAUUUUUGCACGUGUCCAUUUGAUCCCGACGACUGGCGCUUAACAACUUAGUUACACUGCCGUGAGUGCAACGGCGACGACAACUAUCCUCAACCGUUGCCCCAAAGUUCUCUACCAACUCGCACUUCUUAUUCAAGGACCCUUGCCACUUAAGGACGCUCGCGUAUGCUCUAUAUGAACGCUCAACACCUCUUUGACGAAGGGUACAACGACGAAGAUGUCUUGAUUUUGAACCAAUAUCCUCCUACGCCCAGUAAACCUUCAAGUGUUGACCUUCUUUCAGGGUUUGGCUCUGUGCAGGAGUGCGAAGAAUUGGCCUAUCAAAUCUUAGCUUCUUUACCCAGAGCUCGUCUCGCCACCAUACAAAGGCGACUGGCACCAUUAUUACAGUUCGAUGUUGUUGGGUCCUUACCAGCAGAAGUAUCCCUACAGAUAUUUUCGUACCUUCCCUUCCCAGCAUUGCUCACCAGUGCUCUCGUUUGUCGGCGCUGGCACGUCCUUUCUAACGAUCAAUCUCUCUGGAAGGACCUCUGCGAUGUUCGUGGGUGGUCAUGGCGGCAGCCGUCAUACAAGUUUCCUCCAGCCUUCACUCAUUCCGGAUUGGGUGCAUCUCAAGAUGCCUGGAAUAAUUCUGAUGACGAAGGCAUGGGGGAUUCCGAUGAAGAAGCGGAAGAGGAGGAAGUUGCCGAUACGCUCAUGAUGAGCGAACUUGAUGCUGCUAAAGCUGAGUUGACGAUAAUGCAUGCAGAGCUGGAUUCAGGGUUUGCAUCUAUGUCGUUUGCGGGUGUCUCGCAACUUAUUGCUUCAUCUUCUUCAAAUAUCCCUCCUCGGGCCAGCGUUUAUCCUUCUGGCAAUAAUUCGAAUUCUUCUUCAACGAAGCGAGUGAACAAUGCGCGACCUCGAGCAGGAACUCGUCAUUCUGCCCCUUCGCUUCUUGGUUCGCUAGGAUCACUCUCCUCAUCACCAAAACCAAAUUACAAAUUACUUCAUCAAACUCGCAUCAAACUUCAAAAACGCAUUCUUACUUCCUCUUAUAGAUUAUCCGCACUCCAAACCCGAGGUGCACCCACUAACUCGCAUACGAACACGAUUUACUGUCUUCAACUCUACACCUAUCCUUCGUCUGGUGUUCAGGUGCUGUUCACUGGCUCACGAGACAAGACAGUACGGGAAUGGAAUCUGUCUACCGGGCUUGUGGAAAGAGUUAUCAGUGGAAUUCAUCUGAGCUCCGUUCUGAGCAUCUGUGUGCAUAAUGGGGUUCUCGCUAGUGCGGGUAGUGACCGUAAGAUUGUCGUGUGGGACCUAGAGAAGAACAAGGUAGUCAAAGUCAUCUCUGACCACGAGGAUAGCGUGCUUUGCGUGAGGUUUGAUGAUAAACGCCUUGUUUCUUGUUCGAAAGACCGCACUGUUAGAACCUACCUGUUUCCUGAUCUAGCACCCCAAUUUGUUUUGGGUGCGCAUCGAGCAGCCGUCAACGCGGUCUCGAUAUCAGAUACCCUCAUCGUAUCUGGCUCCGGUGAUCGUUCAAUCAGAUUGUGGGAUGCAAACACUGGGAAUUUGUUGCGCACAUUUGAGAAUCACCACAGCAGGGGUAUCGCGUCCAUAGACUUCAAGCCCCCAUAUGUGCUUUCUGGCUCUUCGGACAAGCAUCUUCGUCUAUUUGACAUCGCAACCUUGCAUGGCUGGUCUACGUCCCCAGAAUUUGACAAUAUUUCCGGAUUAGUCGGGCAAGGGCAUGACUUGGGCAGCUCUCAAUUAGGUCAUUUAUCGUCGUCCUUUGUUCCAGAUUUCCAGUCCCAGCCAAUGCCCAAUGCCGGGAACAAUGAACUUCUGACUACUGGUUUUAACAUUGCGCCGACAUUCGCAUUCGGGUUAGAAGGCCAGGCUGUCUUGUGUCAGGCGUGCGGGAACAGCGGACUUGUUGCUCUUGGGGGCGGUGUCAGUGGACGACAGGGUACUAACAAUGUACAUAAGAAUGUUCUUCAUCGGGAUCUAGUAAGGACUGUUGCGUUUGGAGAUGAGUUUGUCUUGAGUGGGAGUUAUGAUUUAAGUAUCAAGGUAUGGGACCGUCGAACGGGUGCAUUGGUUGCAGAUCUGUCUGGCGGACAUACUGGAAGGAUAUUUUGUAUUGGAUUUGACGGCACGAAAGUAGUAUCUUGUGGUGAAGAUCAGAGGAUUUGUAUCUGGGACUUUGCUGAUGGAAUCGAUACCAGCUUCAUUGAAUUAUAGUUUUAACUUUUUACGGUCCAUGUACCCUUAAUACCUUUUUCUCCAAGUUCUCAGUGUUUUUUGGAGCGCAUUUAUCAUCUCCGCAUACACUCACUUGGUUACUUAUUGCAUUUCUAGUUUCAACGUUGUAAACCUAUUAGUCUUCCCACA